AAUCCAACAGCGCCCUCUUUGGGCUACCACAUUCCCUGCCAAAUGCCCAAAGAUCUAUCAAAGGGUGGCUAGCGGGCUUAAGGCCCCAGGGCCGGGAACUGGGACUGAAGAGCCAUGGGGGUGGGACAGACGAGCUCUACCGCAGUCCAAAGGAGAGUGAGAACACCAGGAGACAGGACGCAAAAAUAUCCUGAACCUUCGGUUCAAGUGUGAAGAUGCUUUCAGCUCCUGAUUCUCUGCUGCUGCCAAACCCAGGGGGAGAAUCACCCGUCUCCUAAUUUUAACCAGUAUGUGAGGGACCAGGGUGCCAUGACUGACCAGCUGAGCCGGCGGCAGAUCCGAGAAUACCAGCUCUACAGCCGGACCAGCGGCAAGCACGUUCAGGUCACUGGGCGCCGCAUCUCUGCCACUGCUGAGGACGGCAACAAGUUUGCCAAGCUCAUAGUGGAGACAGAUACAUUUGGCAGCCGGGUUCGCAUCAAGGGGGCUGAGAGUGAGAAAUACAUCUGCAUGAGCAAGAGGGGAAAGCUCAUUGGGAAGCCCAGUGGGAAGAGCAAAGACUGCGUGUUUACAGAGAUUGUGCUGGAGAAUAACUACACAGCCUUCCAGAACGCUCGCCAUGAGGGCUGGUUCAUGGCUUUCACCCGCCAGGGCCGGCCCAGGCAGGCCUCCCGCAGCCGGCAGAACCAGCGGGAGGCCCAUUUCAUCAAGCGCCUCUACCAGGGGCAGCUGCAGUUCCCCAACCAUGGGGAAAGGCAAAAGCAGUUUGAGUUUGUGGGAUCAGCACCAACUCGCCGGACCAAGCGCACCCGGCGACCGCAGCCCCUCACGUAGUCGGGGGAAAGAGGGGGCACCCUGGCCCAGAACCAACCCUCCCACCCCCGUUCAUGUAACAAGGACUGGGUUGGGGGAGGGGAGGUCACCCCCAUCAGGCUCACAGAAGAGCCCCAUGGACCACGAGGCACUCAAGAGCUCCUCCUUUUGAAAGGGGAAAGAACUGCAGCAGAAAAUGGGGGUGUCCUGAGGCUUGGGGAAAACCAGCAAGAAAGUGACACUCCCAGAUCCCAUAUGGGAUGAAGAGAGGGACAAAGAGGGAGAUGGG